AUGGUGAAGAGCCCAAGGGACCUACAGUUUGUAUCGGAUGCAUUGGCAUCUGCCCGUGCUGGGUCCGGGCCGGUGGGCGCAGGAGCCUUCACUGUGCCGGAGGAUUGCCUCAAGCUGAGACCAGUUCUGAUGACCGUGCUGAAGCGCAAGUUGAUCAGGCUGCUGAAAUCCCGAGAUGUCGCGGGCUAUCGUGCAUUGCUGAACCAACAAACCACGAUACUGAGUGGAAUGGGCUCUGACUUCGAGCCGAUCCUUGAAAUCGAGAGCUCGGACAACGAUCAUGGACCGGCUCUGAGCAAUACCAGAGGGUUCUUGCGCCGAAAUGGGUUUGCAACCAUCAUGGCGAAGGACGCGUGUGGAUGGUUCCCCAUUCAUUAUGCUGCCCUGGUUGGGGACCCAUCGCUGGUUCAGGACUUGCUGGCACUUGAGGCAGAUCCGAACCAAGACACUAAGAAGGCCCAUCCAAACCUUGGUUUUGAAGCUGGAACUCCGCCUCUUUCCAUAUCCUGCUACUUCAAAAAGAAUGAAGUGGUCAAAUUGCUGCUCUCCGUGAGAGCUAGCUUCGACAGCCGCGGCCCCAUUCAUUACCCUCUGAACUCUGCAGCUGCUGUGAACAACGCAGAAGCGGUGCAGAUUCUUUGCGAGGCCGGGUGCAGCCCGCUGCAGAAAAAUGCACUGGGUCACACUUGCAUCGAAACCGCUGCCAGUUGGGGACUCGGGCUCGAAGCCAUGGAGGAGCUGCUCAGACAGGUGAGGAUUCUGGGUGCUACAGAUAAGGUUGAUCCAACGCCAGCUCUUCAUCUUGCAGCCAUCAGUUGGGGAGGUGCUGAAGUGGUACAGCGCUUGGUUGCAAUGAGGGCAGACGUGAAUGCUCAGACGGCAGAUGAGCCAGCCAAACGCACACUGCUCAUGCGAACAAUGUAUACAGUAGUGCUUUGGCAGCACAGGUUCUACAAGGUUACAGCAGCAAGCAAAUUCCUCUAUCAUGCGAGAGGCGGAACGCCUUUGAUGAUGGCGUUGGUGACUGGGAACUACGAAUUUGCUGCAGCUCUGAUAGCUGCAGGAGCACAGCUGACUCCGCGAAAUGCUCGUGGGUGUUGUGCAGCAGACUUGGUGUCAAAACAGUCGGCACCAGACUUCCUCCUUGAGGCUUUCCAAGGAAGGGUUGAAGGAAGCCAUAGAGUAUCUGAAUUGGCAUGUGGGUGGAUCACCCUGGCAUUUUGA